AUGGCGGUGGCGGCGCUGCGCGGGGUUCUGGGGCUCGGCGGGAUCCACUGGCUGAGGCGCGGCAGGAGGAGCACUUCAGUUAUAGACCAUCUGGGACUGCUCUCUCCAAGCAAUGGGCUCCCACUGCCAUCCUACUGCCGGAGCUAUCGAACUGUGUUGUGCACUGAGCUGGCGAAGCCACUGAUUAUUACGACUGUCCCAUCGCCUCCUUUGCAGCCCCAAGAGGUCAGGGUUGGCAUCCAUUGCUGUGGGGUAAACUUUGCUGAUAUCUUGGCCUGCCAGGGUCUGUACCAGGAAAAACAUGCUCUUCCAUUCACUCCUGGAAUGGAGUUUUCAGGGGUUGUGAUGGAGACAGGAACGGAUGUCAGCACAGUGCAAAAGGGAGACAGAGUACUUGGCGUGACAAGCUCUAAGGCAAUGGCUGAGGAGUGCAUUAUUGAUCAGAAGAUGCUAUGGCAGAUCCCAGAUGGUGUGUCUUACGAACACGCUGCUGCACUGCCUGUGUCUUAUGGCACAGCCAGCUUGGCCCUUGAGCGAAGAGCACACAUGCAGCCAGGGGAAACAGUUUUAGUGACAGCAGCAGCUGGGGCCCUGGGACUUGCUACUAUUGAUAUUGCGACCAAUGUUUUUAAGGCAAAGGUGAUUGCAGCAGCUGGAAGUGAUCACAAAUGCAAUGUGGCACUACAGAAGGGUGCCACACACAGUGUAAAUUACAGCCAAAACAGCUUAAAAGAUGAGGUGAAGAAGCUUACUGAUAACAGAGGGGUCAAUGUAGCGAUAGAUGCUGUUGGAGGAGACAUCUUCAAGCAAGCAUUACACAGUUUGGCUUGGGAGGGCAGGAUUGUGGUGGUGGGCUUUGCUGGAGGAACAAUUCCCUCAUUUUCAGCUAACCUGCUGCUUCUGAAGAAUGUGUCUGCCAUGGGAGUGUAUUGGGGUCGGUACCGAGAAGAGGAGUUCCCUCUCUUUUCAUCCUCUAUUUCCUCUGCUCUUCGGUACUGCUAUGAGGGAAAGAUUGAACCUCAUAUUGGAGAAGUUUUCAAACUGGAGGAGGUAAAUGAAGCCUUUAGCCAUGUGAUUCAGCGUAAAUCCACUGGGAAGGUCAUCAUCUCAGUUAAAUGAAUCAGCCUGUUUCUUCAGACACAGCCCCCUGCUGCUGUUACACUGCUUUGAAGAGGAGAUUAUCACUCUCAAAAGAUGAAAUAAUUAGCAUUGUCACUUUAACAUUUUUUAUGCAAGGCUCAAGUGACUUUUCACAUGAUUUGUUUAUCCUCACUAGUAGCACAGAGGGGUUGGGGGUGCUUAUGAUUUAAUGGGAAAAACAUUUGCACUUUUGGCUUACUGUGAUGGAGGUGCAAUAGUGCUUGACAAACAGUGUGAGGAAUCCUAGGGUACAUAAGUCUUUGCUAUGACAAGAGAAGACAUGUGGAUAUGCAGUUGAUUUCAACAUAAACAGAAUCUGAUUAAAAGUCUCACUGCUGGGAGAUAAUGUACUUACAGCCUCCUUCUGUUGUACCCCACCUGGGCUUCUCACACUCUCUUUCCAUAGCAUUGAUCCUGUCCUAGCUGAUAGAGUGUAUUGUGCACACUUCACCCACUCACUUCUUUCACACUGAUGAUUGCACAGGCUGCUUCCCUUUCUAUUGGUGAUGACAUUGUUCCUUGUGUCAACUCCAGGAACAGGAGGGAGGUAACUGGUAGAGUUUCUUUUAAUGCCUUUUAAGAGCUGGAAAGAAGAAACGGAAUUAAGCCUUUGAAGACCAGUAAGAGACUGCAAUUUGAGACCCCCUGCCCUUAGGCAAUGUAGAGCAGCAGUCCUGUCUGCAACUGUGUCUGAACAGCAAGCUAGAAGUGAACUGCUUGUGUGGGAGAGAUGAAAUUGAAAUGAGAAGUAAAAUAAGAAAGACAACAGGCAGCUGGACACACUUGCUUUAGGAGAGUGAACCAGACCAUGGCUCCAUCUAGUUCAGUGGCAAAAUUCCUUCAGGAGAAAGAAGCCAGCCCCCAAUAAUCAAUGUACCAUGGAGAGAAAAGACUUUGUCCUUCCCCCUGCAUCAAUUCAGCUUAGGUCCUAGGAGCUGAAACUGUGCUUUAGUUACUUUAACAAACAUAACAGCACGAAAGGAGAAAGUCCAGUCUGAAACACUGUUAAGAAGCACAUUUUACUUUUUCAACCUAGCU